AUGGUUAAUUUGCCAAAAAGUGUUGCACUGAAAGCAACAUAUGGUGACGCACCAUUUAAGUAUUUGGGCGUAGAAGAUGAUGGCAAGCUUGCAUAUUCCACUGAUAAAGUGGUGAGCGAGAAAGCCAAGUUUGCUGUAGAGUCUGCUGGUAAUGGUGUAACUACUUGCACUAAAGAAUACGAAGACGAAGAAAAUGAUCCUACUGAUACCGACAUGUUAUUUUCAGUGGCUAGCGUUGCCAAGGCCAAUGGUUCUAGCGAUAUUGAGAUAGUCACUUCUCUACGGAAGGGGUUAAUCCAGAGAAAAGAAAUGAUUCCUAGCUGGUUUUUCCCAGAGUUACCUGUGUGUAACUGGACUGGUGUAGUAUGUGAAGGCUUGGACAUCCUUGGGCUUAGUAUUCCUUGUGGAUCUUUACCGCUAGACCUUCCUUUUCCUAAUACCAUAGGGGAGCUAAAACAUCUGAAGUAUCUUAAUCUCAGUCAGUGUGGGUUCAAUGGCAUUAUUCCUGAUAAUGUCUGGAGUCUCGAGGAACUCAUGAUUCUGGACCUGAGUGGCAAUGGGUUCUCUGGAACUCUACCUUCAACAGUGUCCAACCUGAAAACUCUCAGGCAACUUGUACUUGAUGGCAACAACUUGUCUGGUAACUUGCCUUCGUCGAUUGGCCUUCUAACUGAUCUUAUUGAACUUUCUGUUAAUGAAAAUUUCCUCUUUGGGAAUCUUCCGGCAGAGCUUGGAAAUCUUUCAAAAUUGGAGUCUCUUGAUCUUUGUGCAAACUCUUUCUCUGGUGUCCUCCCUUCGAGUUUGGGUAACCUUGCUAGUCUGUUGUACUUUGAUGCUAGUAACAACAAAUUUAGUGGUCCUAUCUUCUCUGGGUUAGGAAAUUUAACAGGCCUUGUAAGGAUUGAUCUCUCAUGGAAUUCCAUAAGUGGAACCAUACCGGCUGAUAUUGGGAAUUUGGGAAAUCUGACUUCAAUAAAUCUGAUGGGCAAUAUCAUCAGUGGAGUAAUACCAUCAUCUAUUGGCAAUCUCAAGUCGCUUCAGUUGCUUAAUGUCCAGAACUGCAGACUUACAGGUGCCAUACCUGAAGAAUUGACUGAGCUAUUGAACUUGGGUUACCUGGGUAUAGGACAGAACUCUUUUGUGGGAGAAUUGCCAGAUAGCAUUGGAAAAAUGACCAGCUUAAAGCAGUUUCUUGCUGGAAAUGCGGGGUUGAGUGGGGACAUCCCUGGACAACUGGGUAACUGCAAAAGGCUGAUUGAUUUAGAUCUUUCCGUUAAUUCUUUCUCUGGUCCUUUACCGGAUGGUCUUGCUGGGAUGGAUUCCCUUCGAUCUCUGAUGCUUCAGUCUAACCACUUGUCAGGGAUGAUCCCAAGGUGGAUUUCCAACUGGAAGCAAGUGGUAUCUAUAAAUAUGGCUGAGAACCUCUUCACAGGGUCUAUUCCACCACUCAAUCUGCCUAAACUGAUGUUUCUUGACAUGAAUUCUAACAUGCUUUCUGGUGAGUUGUCUUCAGAAAUAUGUAAUGCGAAGUCAAUAAGUACCCUGUCAUUGUCAAACAAUAACUUCACUGGAAGCAUUGAGAAUACCUUCAGAAAUUGUAGUGGUCUAAGUGAUUUGACAUUGUCGAUGAACAAUCUUUCCGGUGAGUUACCUGGUUACUUAGGUGAUCUUCCUCUCAUCACCCUGGCAUUGUCAAAGAACAGAUUUGAAGGAAAGAUUCCCGAUCAGUUAUGGGAGUCAAAAUCUCUGAUAGGAUUAAUCCUCGACAACAAUUUGCUUUCCGGAGAGAUUUCUCCAGCUCUUGCCAAGGUUCAGACAUUGCAGAGACUGCAAUUAGGCAAUAAUUUAUUUGAAGGGACCAUCCCGACUGCCAUUGGGAGAUUGAGGAACCUGACCAACCUCUCUCUGCGCGGUAACCUGCUAACAGGAGACAUCCCUGUGGAGCUUUUUAACUGCACAAGCCUAGUAUCCUUGGAUCUUGGUUCAAACAAUCUUACUGGUCAAAUUCCAAAAUCCAUUAAAAGAUUGAAACUGCUGGAUAAUCUGGUAUUAGCCCGGAAUAACUUAUCUGGUUUCAUUCCUGAAGAGAUUUGCUCUGGAUUUCGAGAGGGGCCCUUGCCAGAUUCCGAGUUCACUCAGCAUUAUGGCAUGCUUGAUCUUUCCUACAACAAGUUUUUGGGUCCAAUUCCUGCAUCAAUUGGUCAAUGCUCCAUAAUUAGGGAGCUGUUACUACACAAUAAUGAGCUGAAUGGAAGCAUUCCUUCUGAAUUAUCUAGUCUUUCCAACUUGAGCUUGCUGAAUUUGUCCUCCAAUCAUCUAACUGGUCCGGCCAUACCCAAAAUGUUCACAUUGAAGCAACUUCAGGGCCUUAUCCUUUCGCACAACGAGCUUACUGGUUCUAUUCCAGAUAACAUGUCCUCGUCAAUGCCUAGCUUAACUGAGCUGGAUAUUUCAUGGAACUUUCUCAGUGGUUCAUUGCCACCUUCUGUGUUCAGUUUUGAAAGCCUUAGCUACCUUGAUAUCAGUGCAAAUUCCCUUACAGGAACCAUCCCUUGCCACAUGGCAUCCGCCAGCUUGCUGGUACAUCUAAAUGCUAGCAACAACAAUUUUUCUGGCCCCCUUUGCGACUCCCUUUCAAACCUAACCACCCUUUCCUCUCUAGACCUGCACAACAAUGCAUUGACAGGAAGCCUUCCACCCUCUAUAUCAAACCUUGCUGCUUUGACAUACCUAGAUCUUUCCGGUAACAAUUUAGAAAAUUAUGUUCCAUGCAACAUCUGUGACAUUGAAGACCUCUCCUUUAUCAAUCUCUCGGCCAACAGAUUACUGGGAAUUGUACCUGAGUCCUGCACUGAUCAUAAAGGACCAUGCUUAGCCUCUGGCCCUCAACGAACUUUGAAACACGCCCCUAUUUGGGGUACUAUAAUAGGAGUCUUAGUUGUCCUUAUUGUUCUGGUCCUCUGUGUGGGCAGACAUCUGGUAUCGAAGCACAAAGCAGCCCUUCGUGACUGUAAAAAGUGUGAGCUUGUAAGUACAGUUGAGCGGUCUGAUGAUGAGCUCGUGUGUAAAAAGUCAAAGGAGCCAUUGAGCAUUAAUAUUGCUACUUUUGAGCAUUCUCUCACCCGCUUGAGCCCUGCAGAUAUUUUAUCAGCCACUGACAACUUCAGCAAGAUGUUCAUAAUCGGUGAUGGUGGAUUCGGUACAGUUUACAAGGCAUCCCUGCCAGAGGGGCGAACCAUAGCUGUCAAGCGGCUUAAUGGAGGACAUUUUCAUGGUGACAGAGAAUUUCUAGCUGAGUUGGAGACUAUCGGAAAGGUUCAACAUGAAAACCUGGUUCCAUUAUUUGGGUAUUGUGUCUUUGCCGAGGAAAGGUUUUUAGUGUAUGAAUACAUGGAGAACGGGAGCCUUGAUGUGUGGUUGAGAAACCGAGCUGAUGCAGUGGAAGCCCUCAAUUGGCCCACCCGUUUUAAGAUUUGUUUGGGAACUGCCCGGGGCAUUGCCUUUCUGCAUCAUGGGUUUGUGCCUCACAUCAUUCACAGGGACAUCAAAUCCAGCAACAUAUUACUGGAUCACAACUUUGAGCCGAAAGUCUCAGAUUUUGGCCUGGCCAGAAUAAUCAGUGCUUAUGAGAGCCAUGUCAGCACCAUUCUUGCUGGCACAUUUGGGUAUAUACCUCCAGAGUAUGGACAGUCUAUGGUGGCGACAACUAAAGGUGAUAUUUACAGCUUCGGUGUGGUGAUGCUGGAGUUGGUGACUGGUAGGGCACCAACAGGGCAAGCUGACAUCGAGGGUGGUAAUUUGGUUGGUUGGGUUCGGGUGAUGAUGGCCACCCACCGAGAAGAUGAGGUGCUCGAUUCAUACAUCCCAUCUAUCGCAAGGUGGAGGCGUCAGAUGUUGCAGGUCCUCAGCAUUGCCCGAAUAUGCACCAAUGAUAAUCCUGCUAAGAGGCCUACUAUGCUUGAAGUUGUCAAGCUGUUGAAGGAGAUUAAAAUUGAGGGUUAG